CAAAUUCUCUCUGCAUUUGAAAAGUAUAAAAUUGUCGAAGAUGAAAAUAACCCACUUACCCAAUCUCGCAUGUUCCUUAAAUACUCACUUGUAGUGUAUCGAUACAUGUUAAGAUUCGGUGCAAAGUCUCCAGUUGUUAGCUAUUUGAUGAAAGAAAUUGUAAUUGUUCAUACGUGGCUUACCGAUACAGAGGAUAUAGACAAAUUGAGAGAUGCAGAUACUAUCCUUGACGAAUAUUAUACCGCAAAUAUACCUUUCGAUCGAUCACUUUUACCGCUGUUCAAAGAAUGCUCGCGCGCAGAACCAAUUAGCUAUUUAUUUGAAGGAUAUCUUCCAGCACUAUUCGGAUCCGAAGUCCAAAAUCAAUCAUUUGUGACAUUCCAAAUUCCGGAAGUAGAUGUACUCCCGUCAUUCAUACAAACGGAAGAGUUGCAGCGACUUUGGUUAGAAGACAUUCAAAAUUGUAUCCAAUCCGAUGCAUUAGUAAAUGGCGAAUUUAAAAGGCAAAUUACAGAGUUUUUUAAGCUUUACAAUUUAACGCACAGUAGUUUUGUCGGUAAAUUUGAGGGAAUAUGGUUUUAA